CACAUGUUUGGUAACACUAUGGUGUACUAGAUUAUGUUGAGUCCGGAUGCGAGGUCAACAGCUUGGGUUUCAUUCGACGGUCGAAAUCAACAAGAGUURUGUGCGGAUGAUAGUUUACAAGUUACUACAUCUAUAUUUUCUUUACCAUCAAUAUGUGCUGAAGACCAAAUAACUGACUGGUUUGAUUCAUUGGCUGAAUGUCUACAUUGGAAUGUGCGAAAACGACAGAAGCACUUUGAGGAAUUGUCUGAUCUAGCGCAUUGCAAGUAUGAGGAUUCACUAAAUUCAGCGUCGAAAGACACAUUAUUAGUUACGGACUAGCAGGGUAUAGUCAAUUAAGUUCAUCAUUAACCAACAGAUACCUUAUCCUUUAGUCGAUAAGCACCUGUACUACCAUCAGUGCUUACAAAUGGAUUUAAAAAUUGUGCAAAAUAAAUUUUUUUAUUAUUGUUAUUAUUAUUAUUAUUAUUAUUAUUUUCUUGUAAGUACCUGUAGAAGGUAUACAUUUAUGCGUUUCUGCCGCUCGUUAUUAAAACUACAUAUUUAUCAUUUAAUUAUAGUUUCAGUACUGAAGUUUUAGUUUUGACAAAUUAAUAUUACGUUUCUCUAUUACAUUAUUGGUGAAGUAGGUAUAUUUUAAUUGAUAGUGAUCAGUUUAUAUGCAGAACAAAAUGAAUAUUAUAGUCAUUAAAUAAAAAAAAUAAGUCUCAUGUAGGAGUAUUUUAUUCUUGGUUAUUAGAGUGCUACAAUUUUAUUUUUACAAUGUAUACAAUUUCUUCCAUUUUUAAGAUGAAAUUUUAAUCGUAAUUUGUUUUUUUGAUAUUGUUAAAAACACAAAUAUUUAUGUUUAUUAUUAUUUUUAGCUCAA